AUGCAAGUUGAUCAAUCUCUUAGUAAUCGGCAAUCAAGAAAAACUCCUAAAGAUUCUUCUGCAUCUGGUGUUAAAAAUGGAGGUAUAUCUCGACGACGAUCUAUUGCAAGUUCUCGUUAUUCAAGAAGCUCAAAAAUACAGUCAACAAAAGCAACAUCACAACGAUCAAAAAGUAAUUUAUGUGAACAUAUACAAAUUAAUGAUGAAGAUGAUGGUGAUAAUGUAGGUCAAGCUAUUGAACAAUUAAACAUAUCGUCUACUUCAAUCGCUACGGAUAAUAUGGAUGUAUCACCCCAGCACCAUGAUGAUCAUUCAGUCACUUCCAUUGAUAAUAACAAUCAAAAUGAACGACCAAUAAAAAAACAUGAACUAUUAAAUCAAUAUUUUACGAAACUUAAUACCCGUGGUUAUUACUAUAAACUAUGCGAUGGUACUAAAAAGUCUCACAGGGUGCGUUUAUAUGCUCUUACAUCAUAG